UCUGCGUGUCCCCCCAGAAGCCUGCCUGUUCCCUGAGCUAGGAAAGCUCUGUCUGCUCCCUCCCUUCCCCCUGACCUGGCAGGAGGAAUGGAAACUUUCGUGGAAAGCACUUGCACUGACGAAAGCUCCCAAGUCAGGACUUCGACUUGGGCCCUGACAGGGCCACAGGCUCAGGAUCCGGGGCCUCUGCUUCCCCGGGUCAGGACCUCCUGCCCCAGCUCCGCCCCUCGCUCUCUCUGCGACCAUCAUUCGUCGGCUCUCCCGUGACCCCAAGUGACUGCUCCACCACGAGAGAAGUUGGGAGUACUGUGUCCUUAGUCACAAAGAGACACAGACAGGGGACUGUCAGCUGGGGCCGGAGGAGCUGAGCCACGAGUCAUCAGCACUGGAAACACCUGAGGGGUAGACCAUCCCACGCCAGCCCCGUCCUCUCCCCGGCCCUGAGCAUGCUGCUGAACAGAAUGUCUGCAGACGACCGGCACCUGAGCUCCAGCUGCGGGUCCUUCAUCAAGACGGAGCCGUCCAGCCCGUCCUCGGGCAUCGACGCCCUCAGCCACCACAGCCCCAGUGGCUCAUCCGACGCCAGCGGUGGCUUCGGCCUGGCCCUGGGUGCCCACGCCAACGGUCUGGACUCGCCGCCCAUGUUUGCAGGCGCUGGGCUGGGAGGCACCCCGUGCCGCAAGAGCUACGAGGACUGUGCCAGCGGCAUCAUGGAGGACUCGGCCAUCAAGUGCGAGUACAUGCUUAACGCCAUCCCCAAGCGCCUGUGCCUCGUGUGUGGGGACAUUGCCUCUGGCUACCACUACGGUGUGGCCUCCUGCGAGGCCUGCAAGGCCUUCUUCAAGAGGACCAUACAAGGGAACAUCGAGUACAGCUGCCCGGCCACCAACGAGUGUGAGAUCACGAAACGGAGGCGCAAGUCCUGCCAGGCCUGCCGCUUCAUGAAAUGCCUCAAAGUGGGGAUGCUGAAGGAAGGAGUGCGUCUCGACAGAGUGCGUGGAGGCCGCCAGAAAUACAAGCGACGGCUGGACUCGGAGAGCAGCCCCUACCUGAGCUUGCAGAUUUCCCCACCUGCUAAAAAGCCAUUGACCAAGAUCGUGUCGUACCUGCUGGUGGCUGAGCCAGACAAGCUCUACGCUAUGCCUCCCCCUGGCAUGCCCGAGGGGGACAUCAAGGCCCUGACCACUCUGUGUGACCUGGCAGACAGGGAGCUCGUGGUCAUCAUUGGCUGGGCCAAGCACAUCCCAGGCUUCUCGAACCUCUCCCUGGGGGACCAGAUGAGCCUGCUGCAGAGUGCCUGGAUGGAGAUCCUCAUCCUGGGCAUCGUGUACCGUUCGCUGCCCUAUGACGACAAGCUGGUGUAUGCUGAGGACUACAUCAUGGACGAGGAGCACUCCCGCCUGGCCGGCCUGCUGGAGCUCUACCGGGCCAUCCUGCAGCUGGUACGCAGGUACAAGAAGCUCAAGGUGGAGAAGGAGGAGUUUGUGACGCUCAAGGCACUGGCCCUGGCCAACUCAGAUUCCAUGUACAUCGAGGAUCUGGAGGCAGUCCAGAAGCUGCAGGACCUGCUGCACGAGGCGCUGCAGGACUACGAGCUGAGCCAGCGCCACGAGGAGCCGCGGAGGACGGGCAAGCUGCUGCUGACGCUGCCCCUGCUGCGGCAGACGGCCGCCAAGGCCGUGCAGCACUUCUACAGCGUCAAACUGCAGGGCAAGGUGCCCAUGCACAAACUCUUCCUGGAGAUGCUGGAGGCCAAGGUCUGAUGGCCCGGCACGCGUACCGGCUCCUGCCCGCGGACGGACACACAAACGGACGGACUGACGCAGAGACCUCCACAGCCACCAGCCUCGACCUUCAAGCCCUGUAUCAUGGCCACGAGCGGUCCCAGAGGAAGGGGUUUCU